GUAGAUCUCGCACUGCUAGGGUGAUGCAGGCGUAUAAAGGCAGAGCCGGCUUCCCUCCUGGGGCUCAGUCUGUGGCUGGCACAGCCGGAUUUAGCUGCCGCAUGAAAGAGGAGUUCCAUAGCCAGGGCGGCCCAGCCAUUCCACUGCCCACCAUGCAGCAGAACCUGAAUUAUGUCUAUCCCCAGAUCUUUUGGGUGGACAGCUGUGCCAGUCCCACUUGUGCCCCGUCGGCUCCCGUUGCCACCUGCCCACCGCCCGUGCCGGAGAGGAGGAGGAGAAAACAGAGCAACAAGAGGGAUGGCACAUGUCUCUGUUUCUUGGUGGUGUUUUUACUGGUUCUGCUGGCCCUUGCUGGAGUAGGGCUGGGGAUGUUUCAGAUUGUUCAGCUGCAGAAGGAACUGGCUGAGCUCCGAGAGUUAACCAGCACCGGACAUGUUCAUUCGUCUAUGGAGAAGCGCAUAGGACUUCUGAAUGUAACAGCAGAGAAGAAGGUGAUCAGGAAGGCAGCACAUUUAACAGGCAAAGCUGAUCAGAAAGCCCUUCCUUUGGAAUGGGUGGCCACCCUUGGGCACGCCUUCACCUCCAGCAUUCAAUACAGACAGCGCAGCCUGGUGAUUAAUGAAACAGGCCUGUACUUUGUGUACUCCAAGGUGUUCUUCCGAGGCAAGAUCUGUAACAACCUUCCCUUAGAUCACACGGUUUUCAAACAAAAUCCAGCCUACCCAGCUAGCCAGGUGCUGAUGGAGGACAGAAAGAUGAACUACUGUGCGGCUGGGAAGAUGUGGGCCAGGGGCAGCUACCUGGGGGCAUUGUUCAACCUCACCAAAUCAGACAGCUUGUAUGUCAAUGUCUCCGAUACGGCUCUGGUUAAUUUUGAGGAAACAAAGACAUUUUUUGGUUUAUAUAAACUCUAGAGCUGGCCACCAAAGCGUUGCUUUCAGCAAAUAUGCACUCAGGACUGAUAUUAACAUGACUUGGGUACUGUACAGUAUAAGAUACAUUCUGUCCAUAGGGCUAGUCUAAUACUGUGCUGGGCUAGCCAGGAUCUAGCUGGAAGAAGCCCACCAGGCAUCCCUUGUUUGGCCUUUGACAUGCAACAGCCAAACUGACUUGGAAACGGAUCUCCAAGGAUUAAAACUUUCACCUUGUGAACUAUUUGAUCACCAUAGGAGAACCUUAAGUGUAGAUGAAAAAAAUCUAGCAUGCCAAAGGUCUCCUUUAAACUCACUACUCACUCAAGGAGAGUGUUUACUACCUGAGAAGAAGCUGAUGCAUUGGGCCCAAAUCUGCUCUGUUACAUCUAUGAAAAUCCCAUUUACCCUACUAAGGACAGCAUUUGGAGAGAUGGGGUUUGUGUGCAUCCCCACAGGGCUGGGGUGUUCACUGCCUGGCGCAGGAUGCAAUCAUUGCUGCUGGGGGCGGGGAGGAGAGAUUUAUAUUAUGUAUGGCUGUUUAGCACCUUAACUCUUUGCUUUUGCAGGUGCUCCAAGUGUCUACAGGGUAUGUCAGGGUAGGAGGGUUUUUUAAAGUUAUUUGCCAUUUUCAUCCUAAAAUGUAUCCCCCUCCACUCCCCACAUUUGACUUAGAAAAUGGCUUAAUUCCAAGGACCAGAUUUCAUUCCCAGGGCUCAUCUGGGCCAUGUUUUAUAGAGGAUAAUCAAUAAUUACAUGAAAAAUUUAGUAGACGGAAGUAUGGAGGGAGGGAAGACCCUGUUUUUAACUGCUUCAUUCCCAAACAACACACGGUGGGUAUCUGGAGUCCUAACAUAGCUGACUCAGGCAAGGUCCAGCAGCAAGGAAGAGUGCUGGAGGGAACUUAGAGCACAGUGUUAUAGGGUUACACCCAGAAGGCCCAUGUAAUCCUGGGCGGGGACUCCAUUGAGGUCUGUAGUUUAGGGAUCAGGAAUGAAUUUGGCUGAAAAAAUCCAGAAUUUUUCCUGGGGUUUAUGCAAGUGCCUGUAUCCCCUUCCCCUCUUCCUGGGGAAACUGCACCCCAGUUGCCUGCCCUCUCUGGAGCUGUGGCUGCAGCUCCCCAGCAGCUGGGACAGGAGGUGCUCUGAGGCUAGCCCUUGCCUUGCUCUGCACACAGGAACUUUGAGGUGACCAUCCAGAGAUGGGUUUGGGUCUGAGCUCUCCCUGCCUCCUGCCAGGUGGGUGGUGAUUGCAGCUGGGGAGCUGGUUCAGGCCCAUCUCUAAAAUAGCCCAGGACACCCCACACCUCUCACUGCAGAGUCCCUGGAGAUCCUGGGGGGCGGAGGGGAAUUCCAGCAACCCCUGAGUGACGGGGCAAGUUGCAAGGGCCGUGCAUCCAGCUGGGUGACCUCACAAGGCUCCUCCUGGGCCCUGGGGCUGCUGUGGUGCUGGGCAGCCUCUGCCUCCCCCUGCGGGAGUUCUCCCUGUAGGCUCCACUCCUUGGGUCCAGGCAACAGCUGUCAGGGAACAGGGCAAGGAUGGGAGCUUCUGGAGAAAGGUGAGGAGAGAGCAGCCCCCUCCCCACACCCAGCCCUCCUGGAUUCCCCGCUCAUCCCCCUGGCUACAGGCUACCCCAAAUCCAGUCCUUCCUCCAAUAGCCCCUGGUACUCCCAACAGAUCCCAGCACCUUUCCCUGAGCUCCCCAUCCUCCCCAAACCACCUCAACACAUUCCUUACCCCCAACAUGGCUCCCUAGUCCCUUCUCGCACCUCCCCAACUCACCCCAGCAGCUCCUCAGCCUUCCAUGGCUCAACCAGCUGCCACAUAACCCCCCAGAACUUCCCCCACCCCCAUGGCUCCCCUGCCCACCUCAACCCACCCCCAGCUCUUCAGCUCACCUUCCUCUGGCUUCCCAACCCACCCCAGCCUCCCAUGGCUCCCCAACACACCUAGCCCACCCUAGCACCUCCUCUGGCUUCCCAGCACAACCCAUCCCCCACAUAACCCUCCAGAACUUCCCCCACCCCCACUGCUCCCAGCCCACCCAGACCCUGUCCCCAGCCUCUCUAAUCCACCCUAGCAUCUCCCCUGGCUUCCCAGCACAGCCCAGCCCACCCCAUAGCCUCCCAGCCUUUGCACCUCCCUAAUCUACCUGCACUUACCCCUCUACAGCACCUCCCCCAGGCUUCACUUCAGCAACUCCCCAGCCCUCCAAUCCAUCCCAGCACCUCUCCUUGGCCUCCUCUCACUCCCCAGUGCAACCCAGCUCCCACAUGACCCCCCCAGCUUCUCCCCCCAAGCUUCCGCAGUUCCCCAAAACAUGCCACUGCCUUCCCUAGUCUCCCCAACUUCUCCCAGCCUCCCAUGGCUCCCCUGCCCCCAAUUCAAUCUAGCCUCUCCACUGUUACCCACCACUCUCCCAGCAUCCACCCAGCUCCCUGGGCCCCAUCUUCCAGGUCCCCAAGCUGCCCAGGCCUCCUUGACUCCCCAGGUCCCCCUCAGCCCUCCAUGGCCCUUCAUCCCUCUUUAGCCAUCUUCUCCAUCCCCCAUCUCUUUGGUCCUUCACAAGGCCCAGGCGUCCCCUGCACUCCUUGGGGGUGGGGGAGGGUAGGUAGCCAGGCUACCUCCAGCCCGCACUGACUCAGUCAAGUGAGACCAGCUAGUUGUGGUGGAAGAAGGGGGGUGGUGCUGCAGAGGGAUCUAACUUUGGGCAAGUCCUGGCAAGGAAAGGGGACAGGGUGGGACCUCACUUGGGGAGCGGGGCAUUGCGUGGAAGGGGAGUGAACUGCAGACAGUAUAAUAGGGGAAGGGAAAAAAAUCACUAUUUCUUCUCUGGGGGUCCUCCCGAUCCGGGUCUCCUAACAAACCCACUCCUGCCACAAACAUCGCUGGGGGAGCGCCUCCAAAAGCUGGCAGUUGUGUGAAAGUUGGUCCCCAUCCAGGGAACCCUAGUAUUCAGCAAACCAGCUGAGUGCUCCCCCCCAAGCUUUCUCUAACCCCGGGGAUGUGCUGGAGGAGCCAUUGCACUGACAUAGGAUGGCUGUUGUGAGUCCGAGGGAGGGCCCAGAGUUUGCAGGAUAUGUCCAGAUGUCUGUCCAGUUAGUGCUUAGUCUGGGGAAUGGGUGCAAUACUAGUAUACCCAGGAGAAGCAGAGUGCAGAGCUGCUUGGAAGCUGCGAUCAGAGCCAACGUACAGCAGAGGGUACUGACCAGACUGCACCUGAAAUCAAAAUGGGAGGCAAAGCCAACCAUUCUUGCCCUGACUAACCUCCACUGACCAUACCUGAGAUAAAGGCCAGGCUUGUAUUUAUGGCCCAAGUACUAUGUCUCAAGUGCCCUUCCCGGAAUGAGCACAUAGUCUCAGUUAGUUUCCAUCAGUUGACUCCAUGUUCCAUCACUUGGCUGUAAUGGUUUUUACUGGCACUUCCACAAAGGAUGGGACAUGUUGGUGAGCACUAUGUGGUCACUACCAGAAGUAGGGUAACUAGACAGCAAAUGUGAAAAAUCAGGAUAGAGGAUGGGGGGGGGGGGGUAAUAGGAGUCUAUAUAAGAAAAAGACCAAAAAAUUGAGACUGUCCCUAUAAAAUCGGGGCAUCUGAUCACCCUAACUAGAAGUGCCAUUUUUGGCCUAGGUAGUAACUGAAAACCAGGACUUGAAGCUUGCUGAACAGGUUGCAGCACAACCCCAGUCAGUGAGUAAUUAAUGUGACACACAGCAAUGUAGCAGUCAAGCAGGCAAUCGUUUAAACUAUUGAUGUAUUGUUCCCUAUAAUAUAUAUAUGUACAGCAUAAAUAAUGUUAUUUUUAUAA